CCCAGCCACCGAAGCGCCUCAGAGCGAGGAGCUAUGAUAGUGUUACAACACAAUUGUGCCUGUACAGGCGCUGUAGUGCAUACAGCCCUUGAAGCAGCACUACAGGCUGGUGCUGGGAUGGCCUGUCUCCAGGAGCCCCCUGUACGUGGAAAAUACCAGAUAAGCCAUCCUGGCUUUCUGUUAUACUGGCCUGAGGGUCCUCGAGAACAUGCUCGGGUAGUGACAGCGAUUCGGAGAGAUUUAGUAAGAGAUUUAGUGGUGGAGGCGCGUACAGAUCUGGCCAACCAUCCAUAUUUUAUGGUGGUUGACGUGCUGGAACAGGGGAGGCGUACGAGGAUAGUGAACUGCUAUGACAACUGGCUAGGAGCACGUCAUACAUACUUAGGAGAGAGCCUACUUACAAGAAGAGCCCUUUCAGAUCUUGAUUGGGGACCAAUUUUAGAGGGCCGAUGUCUCGUUCUUGGAGAUUUCAAUGCGCAUAGCCCGAUGUGGAAUACCCCCAUCGACCAGAGGGUCAACGCGAGAUCCCUGGAGGACCUAAUAAUGAG